AUGUCACAACAUCAAACUACUUCUGCUUCAAAAACUACUAAGUCUACUCACAAGGUUAGUGCUCCUUCCAUGGACAUUCAUGAUGAUGAGAUUCUGGAUGUGGUUCCUCUAUCAGUUAUUCCCUGCGAGGCCCUUGAUUUAAACCAUCCCAUGGAUGCCUCAACUUCUGCAUGCCUCAAUCAAGGUAACAUCUCUAGUAUCCCUUCUAUCUUAACUCAUGCCACUAACUCUAAGGAAGAUAUACACCACAUUGAUCGUGUUAUAAGAAACCUAGUCACUAGAAUCCUUAAUGAAGGACAUUCUGUGAAGGGAGUCUCUACUCCCCUGUCUAAAAUGUACCUUUAUCCUAAGGUUGAACAACAUAGUGAGAAGAAUAACAAUUCCUCCAGUUCUGAGAAGGACAUGGCUGCUGAAGAGGAUGAUAGGUCUGAUGAUCAAGAGGAUAGUUUACUUCAUCACCUAAAGCCAAGUGUGGCUAAACGUAUGAAGACUCGAAAAGGAGGAUUUGUGGCUGAACUUAUGUCAGUGAGAAAAACUAAGAAGACUGUUGGUAUUGGUCCCUCCAAAUCUUGGAGCAAGGUUGAAGUGAAGAAGAGGAAGGUUAGAGAAGACUCUGAGUCUGAAGAGGAUGUUGAGGAAGAUGUCCCUGACAUCUCCCAUGUGAAGAAAACCACUGUGAGGAAGUCCCCUGGUAAAGUUGUUGUUGUGCAUUUGGAUAAUAUCUCUUUCCAUCUUGAGGAUGGAGUUGCCAAAUGGAAAUUUGUGAUUACAAGAAGGGUGGCUAUGGAAAGGGAGUUAGGAAAGGAUGUUGUUGAAGUCAAGGAGGUAAUGGACCUGAUAAAGGCUGCUAGGUUGUUGAAGACUGUGGCUGGGUUCUCUCAGUGCUAUAAGGGUUUAGUUAAGGAAUUCAUUGCCAACAUUCCUGAGGAUAUUGCUGAUAAGAACAACAAGGAAUUUUGCAAAGUGUUUGUGAGAGGCAGUCAUGUCGAAGACAUUGUCAUGACAUCUGCCAUGAAAAAGUCAGCCUCAAAAGUUAGAACUAUUGCUGAGCUGAAGGAGACUUGUAAAGAGCUGGGUGAAGGGAUAAGGGUAGCAACAGCUAGGAAACAAUCGUUGAAAGCAUUGAUUGCAAGCUUGGAGCAAGCUGAAGGGGAAAAUAUGGAUCAUGCUAAGGAAGCUGAAGCCCACACCUCUAGUAAGAGGUCCGCAACUAAUGAUGAGACAAGUGGAAAUUCUGUUUCUAGUGUUGAUGAAGCUGCAAGCUCAAGCUCCUCUGAUUAG